CUGUCCCACCACCCCUGGCUGUUUACCUACCUGGACCCAGUGCUGCUGCCAUAAUCCCAUUGCCAUCCUGGCUGCUUGCCGGUGUGGGGCCACCACCUCCAUUUCCUGGUGCUACCCUCUGGAGGUUUCAGCCUCUGUCUGCCCUGGGGCCAGGCAGGACAGUCCACAGAGGGGUCUGGUCCCAGGAUCACCUUUGUGGCCACUGUUGCCUGUCCUGGUGAAAAUGGUGACUUUCUGCAGCCGAAGGCUGUGGCACCCAUGGGACAGGGCACCCAAGAGUGCUGCUGGGAACUGACCAGGAGGAUGACGGUAAGGUGUCUCCAUCUGUCCUUCCCUCAGGUCCCGUGCUGGGUCCGGUGCCCAGCGCAUUAACUGUCCCAGCACAGGGCAGCGGUGGCCUCAUCUUACAAAAGUGGGAGAGCGAAGCUCAGCAGGGCUGAACAAUGUCCCUGCUGCCAGGAAUAGCUGCUGGCUCUGCCCACUGGCCCUACUUGAGGCUGGUCCCUCUGCUAGGCUGCCUGUGUGUGGUGGGGAAGGCUGGGCAGCCACGGGGACCCUGGUGGGGCUGCUCAGAAUGCUCCGCACCUGAGGUCAUCCUCCAAAGUGGUGCAAAGGGGCUGUGGCUCCCAGCAUCAUGUGCUGCUGGCUGAGAGGUUUCGGGGGGCCCAUUGCCUCCCUUUGGGGCAGGCAGCAAACCCCCCCACCCCCCACCGAGUUCCAGGGACCCUCGGGUGAUGCCAGUGGGUGUGCAGCAUCUGGUUGCAUAGGGAUGAGGUGAUGGGAGCCAUGGGAAGCAUCCUGCAUGCCCAGAGUAGGUGGCACUGGCACAGGACGCACAGGCUGAGCCCAGACUGUGUCCCCACUCCACCGAGCCUCUCUGGACCAGCUACUGUGGGCUGUGCACACCCCAGCUCCCUGCUCCCAGCAUGGGGGUCCUGGGCAUCCCGUGGGAGGGGCAGUGGGUCUCUUUAAGAGGGUGCGGGGCCAGCGAGGUGAGCCAGGGCCACCAGAAAGCAGGAGGGUGAGCUCAUGGCAAAGCUGCCCCAGUCAUGUGGAGCAGUCACAGCUGUCAGUGCCCUUGGGCAGUGGAACGGAGGGGACAGCAGCAUAAAGCCCCACAGCCAGCGGAACCGCCGGCAGCACCAGGAACCAGGGCUGGGCGCUCCCUGCCCAUCGUGGCAAGGAGGAGAGGCUGCAUCCGGCAGGGGCUGCGCACCGCAGGCAGACAUGGAGCUGGAUGUGCAAAGGGCCAAGGAGCUCAUUGAGCAGAAGCUGGCGGAGGAGGAGGAGGAGAAGCGACUCAAAGGGGGUGGCAACCGGGAGCCGCCUGCUGUGGAGCGGAUGAACACGCCUGAGCUGGAGGAGGAGAAACACCGUGGCCCCAGAAACUGGGGCCUUGAGGCCGUCAAGGGCCAGGAGCGGGUGAGGAAGAGCUCAGUGGACCUACGGCGGGAGAUCAUCGAUGUGGGGAGUAUCCAACGCCUCAUUGAGCUCCGCAAGCAGCGCCGGCAGCGCCGGGAGGAGCGGGCAGCCACCCCUGAGCCCCCCCCGCCACCAGAGCCCCUGGAGAUCGAGGGUCCCGUGGAGCCGGAGACCUUCCUGCGAGCCGCCGUCCAGGGCAAGAUGCGUGUCAUCGAGAAGUUUCUGGCAGACGGUGGCUCUCCUGACACGUGUGACGAGUUCCACCGCACUGCCCUGCACCGCUCCUCACUGGAGGGACACACGGACAUCCUGCAGAAGCUGCUGGACAGCGGGGCCACCGUUGACUUCAGGGACCGGCUGGACUGCACUGCUGUGCACUGGGCCUGCCGGGGCGGGCACCUGGAUGCUGUCAAGCUGCUGCAGGACCACGGGGCAGACCUCAACCUGAAGGACAAGGUGUGUAGGGCAGAGCCUGCAGGCACAGAGCUGUGCCAGGGGCACAGGCAUGCCUCAGGGGACCAGGGCUGGCCCUGUGUUGGGUUAGCAGGGGCAGAUCCUGAUCCCCUCUGGUGUCUACCUCCUCCCCACAUCAAGCUGCUCAGCACCCCCCUCCAUGUGGCCACCCGGACUGGGCACCUUGACAUUGUGGAGCACCUCAUCCACUGUGGGGUGGACAUCAACUCUCCGGACAGGGAAGGCGACACCGCACUGCAUGAUGCCACGCGGCUCAGCCGCUACAAGAUCAUCAAAAUGCUGAUCCUGCACGGGGCUGACAUGAUGGCCAAGAACCAGCCUCUCUCUGCCCACUCUUGCAGGCUGGCAAGACCCCGACAGACCUGGUGCAGCAGUGGCAGGUGGACACACGCCAGGCGCUGGAGACCAAGGAGCAACCACAGGGAGAGACGGAGGUCCCUGCAUGAUGGUACUGGGCAGGGACCAGGGACCAGGCUCAGCUCCAAGAAGCAAGAUCCAGCUGAGACUUGUCCGUGUCAAUAAAAUCCAUCAAAGAGCAGCGUUUGGCUCCAGGGGGCUGUGGGGCUGGGCAGCCUGCACCAGUGGUGAUGGGGCUGGGGAAGCUGGGUUAUCUGGGAAACUGGUUUGUCCAGC